AUGCCGGUUGCCACGCGAAUCCCGCUGCGGAUGAUAGAUGGGAUUGAGGCACAUCGCGAUUUACAUAAACAGCGGAAAAAGAACGUACGCGGGCUUCCAGAGCCAGAAAUGCUCACAAACGUUUCGACUGGUAGCAUGUAUUUACGGAUUGGAUGCGUCGUUUUUGGAAUCAUCGGAGUUGUUUAUUACGGCAUGGUCACAUUGGUCUGUGCUCUCGGAUGGGAAAAUAGUGCAAAGGAAUGUACCAUAUAUUCCGAAAUCAUCUCCGUAAUCGCGGCAAUUUUCAUCUUUUCCCAGAUGUGGUUCGUGUUUUGCAACGGAAAGAUUACAUUUAUUGGCUCGCCAAAUAUCGCUAGACUUGGUCUGAUGCAUUUGGUGACCACCAAUCUCUGGAUGUGGUUAAGAUAUAUCUUGUAUGAGGAAGCGGAGACGAUUAGUGAAUUAGAUGAGUCGAAAUUUACAAUUACGACAACAGCGGCAGGUCUGGAGAAUUAUGGACAACCUAGACAUGUCGCUUUUGAUCCAUUGACUGAAAGUCUUAGCAGCCAUAGUGGCGAACGUAACUGCAAUGGGUCGCAUUGUGUUUUCGGUGAAUUCAGCGAAUUCAUGUACACUUGCGUCGUCGAGUACUCACUAAUCUGCGCCGGUGUGGCAUUCGUCUUUUGGACAUCAAUCUCAUCGAAACGUGAAGAUGUGGAGAAAAAGCUUGGAAAGCGGAACGUGAUUACCAUGGAUUGUUCCAGAACCUCGGAGGGCCUCUUCGGUGGCUUUCUCGUGGUGAUCAGCUGUAUCAUUUCAAUACUGCUCUUCAAUGCCUAUUCUAGUAAGAAGGAACUGGCGCAAUGGAUUUUCCUUGGAACGAACGCUGCGUAUUUUAUCCUUGCCAUCUUAGUUUCUCUUUUGGCGUUUUAUAGAAUGAGAGUUCUACUUUUUGCAAAAGAAAAAGAAACCGAAGCAGAAGAAAGCGCAGAAUUGUUGGACCAGAUUUUGCUAGUGGUGGGACUUAUUGGUGAAUUGGUUUAUUGCAUAGGUGGAAUUAUGGCGUUCACCAAUAACUCGCAGAAAGAAAACCUAUCCUAUUUACUCUUUGGCGUUCAAUUGCUACGUUUAGUACAGGUGUCUCUACAAUCGGGGCUGAUCAUGGUUAGCGGGCGAUUAGAGCUGCGCAUGGACGACGAAGAGAUCGUACGCUACAAGCCGGGCAAACAGAUUGUAACGCUGAUGCUGAUGAUCAAUUGUGCGCUUUUCUUAAUGAACAUCUUCGAAGCCCAGAAGGCAGGGAUCACCGAGGAAAUCGUGGCGCUAUAUGGGAAUCAGGCAUGGGCCUUACUUGUUCGAGGAUGUAGCCCAUUGACAAUCUUUUAUCGUUUCCAUUCUUCUGCAUGCUUUGCCGAAAUCUGGAAGAAAACAUUCAAGGUGCGAUCUCAAGAGGGAGAAAAUGGGUCCAGGAGCAGCGCAUCUAGC